CACGCAUUCAUGGAGAGAUAAUUGUGAUCUGCUAAAGAUUAAGUAAUAAAUUUAGAAUACUAAAUACUGAAUAAUACAGGAAAUCUAUUAAACUAUAAUACCGUGUAAAAACGUAAGGCACACAUGCAAUUUGAUUAAAAUACACAGCGCUAUUUGAGAGAUCUGUAUUUUAAUCAGAUUGGCACACAUGUUUACACAGAAUGCAGAUUGUGUGUACCACGCCUUUUUGUGGAAUCUCUCUCUCUCUCUCUCUCUCUCUCAGAAUAUAGUGGAACAUAUUUUUCACUUUUUUUAAUCAAUUAAAAAUUUAACGCAUACAAUCGAAAUAUUGAGUGCAGAGUAGGAUAUAUUCUCUUAAUAUAGCCCCACAAAACUAGUUUCCUCCUUCCAUGAUUUAAUCACUGAGCAUAAAGGCGCACGCUCCGGAGAUAUAUAAGAUUGUGGGCGGCCGCUCUGAAGGAAUUUUGGCGCUGAAUCAUCACACAGUGGAUAUUUUGUCACGGUGUGUGUGCUUACUUGAAACUUCCAUUGCUUUCCCGAGGGAUAAGUUACAUUUCGUUUAGGAUAUUAUCAUACCGUGCAGUCAAUAUCGAUAUUUACUGACCGUCGCAGCCAUGUUGGUGAUGUCUACGUUGUUGAAGGUGGCCCUGGGCCUCCUUAUUGGGGCCACGAUCUGUCAACUUUUGGGCUUUGCUUGUCCUUAUUGGGUGUCCUGGUCAUAUGGAAAUUACGGGCUCUGGCAAUACUGCAGGGACGGCCUCGGAUGUUCCGAAGGUUAUGGUGGUGGAUCUAUGGGCGCGAUCCGGGCCUUUGAGACGAUCGCCUUCAUUCUGCUGGUCAUCAUCUUGAUUUUGUUGUUGGUCCACAUCUGCGCCAGCCCCAACCUCCAACUGGUACUGGCCUCUGCCAUUUGCGCAUUUGUAGCAGCCGGCCUGAUCAUCUUAGGAAUUUUGAUAUUUGUGAUUGACCAGACCAAACAUAAUUUGUCGUGGGCUUUCGCUCUCUGUAUCAUCGCUGCCAUCCUCGCCCUCAUCGGCGGAAUCCUCCUCAUUGUAGAUCGACGAUCUCAUGUCAUCAUCGUCGGCGGAUCUAGCGGGGGCGCGGUGCGAACUACCCGCACCACCACGACAGUCACCGUGGCUCGGAGAUAGAUAUGCUACCUUCAUAACUGCAAGAUAUCUUGCAUAAUAUAGUUUUAUUUAAUUUCAUCCGCAGAAGUCGGAACAGUUUAUUCAAUCAAAGCUGCUGAUAAUAGAUACACAUACCUUUCUUGUCUUCAUUUUGAAUAUAUAUGUCGGCUAUAUUUUUGCAUAUAUAUAUAUCCUCGUGCCAUAUAUUUUCGACGGAGUUACUGCCCUUGUCCCAGCCUCUAAUGUUUGCCUUAUGUAGUUUCCUUUUAAUACUUGAUUUAAGAAAAUUAGCAAAGAACUAACUUUUCCUGCUUGAAAUCAAUAAUAAAUUAAAAGUUUACUUGCAUAAAAUUGAGCACGGAAAAUGACUGACAUUUAUAUAUGUUUAUAAGAGGAAAUUAUUAAACACCACAAAUUUUUACGAGAGCAAGAAGGAAGUCUUUUGACAGAAAUAGCCUAAGUAUUGAAGUGCCUAUUUUUACUGAAAUGAAGCAAGAUAGAUUAUUUUACAUUUCUCUUUAUAUAUAUACAUAUAUGAAAUUGUGUUUUUAGAUUUAUUUUUUUUUCUGAGUUUUGUAUGUAAUAAAAUUAAAUUUUUUAGGGAAAA